AUGACUUUUCAGUAUGUGGAACCCGAAAUCCUCGACAUCGACACACUGAACAACACCAAACGGGCUGACCGAGAAGUGCUGUUCUUUAAUCGCGUGCCGAAAGUCGGCUCCCAGACGUUCAUGGAGCUCUUGAGGAGGUUGUCGAUAAGGAACUUGUUCUCGUUCAAUAGAGAUCGUGUCCAGCGAGUCGAGACGAUACGUCUCGCACCGAUCGAACAGCUCCAGCUCGCCCGGAUGGUCAGCAGUUACUCGGAACCAUCUGUCUACGUGAAGCACGUCUGCUUCACUAACUUCACAGAAUUCCAUUUGCCAGAGCCGAUUUACAUCAACAUAGUCCGUGAUCCUGUGGAAAGGGUUAUAUCCUGGUAUUAUUACGUAAGGGCACCGUGGUAUUAUGUGGAGAGGAAGCAAAUCUUUCCAGAUUUACCGCUGCCCGAUCCAAAUUGGCUCAAAAAGGAUUUCGAAAUAUGCGUUCUCAAAGGCGAUCGUGAGUGCAGAUACUUGCAAGGUGAAAUCCACGAAGGCAUCGGCGAUCAUCGCAGACAAACACUCUUCUUUUGUGGACACAGCGAAAAAUGCACUCCCUUUAAUACCGUUGGUGCUCUGGAACGUGCGAAGUUGGCAGUGGAGAAACAUUAUGCGGUAGUUGGUGUCCUGGAAGAUAUGAAUACGACCCUCACAGUAUUGGAGAACUACAUACCACGAUUUUUUCAAGGAGCUACUGACGUUUAUUAUGAUCAGGUGAACUCUUUCAUGAGAAUCAAUCGAAAUUUCUUCAAACCGCCAGUCAGUGAAGAAGUGAAGAACCUAGUACGCAACAAUUUCACUCGCGAGGUCGAAUUUUAUCAGUUUUGUAAGCAACGUCUCUACAGGCAAUACAGAGCUCUCAAGUUAGCUUCUACCAAUCUUCCAUCUGUGAACAACCAUCUCUAAAGAGAAGGCAUCUUUGGUCUAUUAUUGUGCAAGAACUUUUAUAAGAAGUAUUUUCGUGAUUAAUGUAACAAUAUCGUGACAGCAAAGACAAUUAAUCGCCUGAAUGUAACUUAUUCAUUCAGCGAAACGUUUGUGAAGCUACGAUGAAGAAGCAAGUGUUGAUGAGAACAUGAAGAGAUUUGCUGUUUUGUAUCCAAGUUAUUGUGAGGUGGAUGCAUCGUGCAAUUCAAAAAUAGAGACGCUCUCAAUGAGUGCUGAGCAAAGUUUCUGCGAGCAAACGCCGUUUCACGUCACUACUUUUUGAACGAACAUUUGAAUAAACGUGCAAGUUAUAGGUGCAUUUAUCGUUAUAAGAAUAUCUUGCGAUGAUUGACAAUAUUUGCGAUAAUUUCUGUAUUUCGUCGGCGACGGCAAAAAUACCGUAAAGACUGUAAAACCGCGACACUUUUCACCAUGAAGUACUUACAAUCACGCAGACGACAAUACAGAGUAACUGUAGAGCAUCGUUUUGUAAAGGAAUCAUAAAACAUGUUUGUACUUUCAUCGAUUCACAAUCAUUUAAAAUAAAGUGCUGCCAUUUUAGAGAACAAGUGACCUCCUUUUUUUUAUACUUAUUCGUUUAAUUAAUUUUUCUUACCGAACUUAAUAUUGAAUGGCAAAAUAUCAUCCUGUGUUGUUAAAUUCGCAUAAUAAAUGAUAGUAUAGCGGUCGCCGUUUAUUACUUCAUAUUAUGUAAAUCGUUAUAUGUAUUAGGUCGUUCAUUAAGUUCUGCAAUUUCUUUGUCCUAAAUUGAAAUACAAAUUUAUUGUACUUAACAUUUAUUAAAUCGAAAAUGUAUUAUCUAUCUUGAUCGACUACCUUCUGCCAACGUUCUGGAAGGGACAUAAUGCCGCGUUUGUAGAAGUCGCGCGACUUCUGCGUGAAAAAGUUUUCCAAAUAUAUUUGGAUAUCGUUCACUGAAUCAAAGCAUUGCCCCUAGAAGCUCGCAUUGGAGUGGAAUAGAUGGUAAUCCGAGAGCGUAAGGUCUGAAGAGUAUAGUGGGUGCUUCUCAGCCAAAGCACUUCAAUUUCUGCUUGGUCACCAAAACAGUGUGUGAUUUGGCGUUGACGUAGUAGAAUUCGACGCCCUUACUGUUCGCUAAUUUCGGCCGCUGUACUGUCUGCUUCAAUUUAUCCAGCUGAGUGCAGUACUUCUUAGCGUCGAUGGUCUGACCACGCGAAAGCAGCUCGAAAUACAAGACGCCUCGCCAAUCCCACUACAUACUCAGUAUCAAUUCCUUCAGAUACAAAUCUACUUUGCCGACAGAUGAUGACGACUCAUUCGAACCGUACCACGACUGCUGACGUCAGCUGACGUCAGAUGUUGUUGUACAUCACCCAUUUUUCGUCUCCCGUAACCAUCCGUUUGAGAAAGGCCUCCAGCGAGUCCAUUUCAGCAGAGAAUCACAGAUAAUGACACGAUCCAAAAUGUUUUCUCGGUGAGUUCGUGAGGGACCUAAACAUCCGUCUUCUUCGUUGUCCCAAGCUGUUUUAAUCGCUGCGUAACAGUUGUAUGGGCGAUACGAUGUCUAAGCGCUCCGCGAUCUUCCGCGUCGUCAGAUGCUGGUCAACCUUAAUUGCGGCCAAAAUUUGGUCGUCGUCAGUAGUAAAUAGACGACCGGAAUGGACAACAUCGGUGAGGUUCACAUCUUUAGAACGAAAGCGUGCAAAUCAACUCUGGUAAAUGUCAGCGCUUAUGGUCGAGUCCCCGUACACGCCACAUAUCUCAUGUUAUACGUCCACAUCGCUUUUACUCCUUUCUUGAAAAAAAAACAGCAAAAUGUGUCGAAAAUGCAUCUUUUAAUCCUCCGUUUUCAAUGAAUAGCGCGCACACAAAAUACAUCCAAACACAACAAAGUUUCUGGCGAAAUAUUAAGCGUUGUCUAACCUGUCUAAUAUAAAAGGAGUAUGCGACAACCUGCGGUUCAAGCAACGCAAGCUAUCUUUUUCAACAGACAAACGUCAUCUAUUGGAAAAACCGCAGAACUUAAUGAAUGACCUAAUAUUCUACAUUUUUGGAGUAAAAUUUUACUUAAGAAUAAAAGCUGAAUCCAUGUAAUUCGAGUAAUUUUUCACAUGCAUAUAGUAAAUUUUCCAUUCUGAAUCGUCGAGUGAAU